GGUUAGAACUCCGAGUCCGGAGACUCCGGAGUUAGCUCGAAGAGAUUAUACGGUUGAAUCGUCAAGCGGUGACGUUGGGGAGGGGAUGAGAGACCAGUUGGAGCAGUUGCGAUGCGGAGGUUUGAUUCCCCGCGUGAACCGUCCCGCGCGACGUGAAUGGACCGCGCGAGGGAUUGACGGCGCGUCGGCUGGAUCUCGGCUGGAAAUAUGUGAUCGUCCGAGAUCUCUCUCGCCGUAGCUGCCGCCGUAUACGCGAACGGCCCGACGCCGACCCGUGGUUUCCAAGAAUAGAGAUACGAGACAGGGGGUGACAAGGAGAGGGGGUGAGAGACCGAGGGGGAAAGAGACGGGAGGAAAGAGAAGACUCCGUCCGCGGCGCAAAGCCGCUCCGGUCGCACGAGGAGACUGGAGAAGACUCCCCGGAUCGGACAGGAGCGGACGUCGAUCGUCGCGCGUUGCCGACCUGCAGGGAGUGGAGUGCCCAAUCGCCGACCUCGCGUCCCCGCGGAUCUCUCUGUGACGUCACGCGCGUCGCGACCGUGCGCGCGAUCGGAUCAAGGCAUCAAGGCAUCAAGGCCGCGCGCGCGACUCGCGAGUCGACUCCCCGGACUCGGGGACUCGGGGACUCGGGGAAGCCAGCAGCGUCCCAACGAUAUCGUUCACCUCGUGCUCUCCGUUUAUCAUGAAGGUGAAUCUCUGUUACGAGCAGAGGUAUGCGUGAAAAAUACCACUCGACUUUUCCAAGCUUCACCAAGUCGGGGCUGUAACUCCUUUACUUUUACUCUUCGGAUCUCGUAUAUUCUUGCCAAGAAAUCUAAUGACGCCACUGAUUUGGCACUGUACAACUGUCUGGCGAGACAGCGUUACAGGACUAAUUAUGUCAUAUGACUCGAUAAUCAUGGAAUUAUUUUUAAGAAAUAUAUAAUAAAAUACGCGCAUUGAGAGAGUGAAUGGAUUUUAAGAGGAUGCUGUGGAAGAUUGCGCUAACUUGAGUCUUGCACUGCCAUAAUAAAGUUCAAAACGUUGACAACCGAUUGUCAGAAAGAUUGAUUAUGUCACGUUCUCGUAAAUAUAAUUGCAAACGAGGAAGCGCGGAGUGACAGCAGAGUGACUUAUUGUAUCUCACGAUUGAAUAAUAUUUCUUACUUAAACCUCAACAAAGCAGAGUGUACAUAAGGAGCCUUGUAAAUAAUAUUUGCAAAAUAAUAGUAAAUAGAUGUAAAAGCCGACAGUUUCAUUGAAAUGAUAUAAAUCGUUAAUCAAAGUUUUGUAUUAACAGGCAUUAUCGAUAAUAGAUAUAUCGAUAAUAGAUAUGAGAAACAAAUAUAUAAUGAAGACAGAUAUACUGUCUUCAUUGUAACAAUCUCGUUUGUAAUGCAAAUAUAACGUCGGCAAAUCAAACGGUCAUGACAAUAUGACUGAAGAGACUAUUUACAAAAUAAUUAGGAUAAGAUGUAGUGGAAUGCACAACACAAUACACGCAUUUCAGUCAUGGUGCAAUAUCACUAUUUUAGAUGUUACAUUAUAAAAGCUAUGAAAAAACAUGCGGACUUGACGAUCCAAGCAAACGAACUACAAAUAAUAUUGAAUCACAAAUUAAAAUUUAAUACAGAACUGUGGAAACAGUGCGCUAUUAUGACAUUAAGAGAAGAUUAUCUAUCUUUUUAUCGCAUACUUGUAAGCGGAAUGACGACAAAAGUAUCGAUUAAAACGUGAGAAUAUGAGAGGAAAUAUACAUAGCGACAUUUUUUAGGGGUCAUGCCCCCUGGGGCAAGCAGUGGAACAGAGGGCUUGGGCCCGACCUGUUCUGAAAUACAUAACAAUCAAGAUCAUGCCACAGCCAAACUCACACCUCCCCCUACAUUCGUUCAACAAUGCUACAGACACCUCAAGAGUUCUGGUGUUGGCGAAGCGAGCGUCUAUCAUGCAUUGGUUGUAAUAUUUCUGGAAUUCUUCGCAUGGGGACUAUUAACCAUGCCUAUUAUUAGGGUACUGAAUGAAACAUUUCCGGAUCACACGUUCCUGAUGAAUGGCUUGAUAAUAGGAAUCAAAGGAAUCUUGUCUUUUCUUUCUGCGCCACUGAUUGGUGCUCUCUCUGACGUAUGGGGUCGAAAAUUUUUUUUACUUAUCACAGUGGCCUUCACAUGCGCACCAAUUCCCCUAAUGAGCAUUAAUACAUGGUGGUUUUUUGCCAUGAUUUCCAUCAGUGGCGUAUUCGCUUGCACAUUCUCAGUGGUGUUUGCAUACGUUGCGGAUGUAACAGAAGAAAAUCAAAGAUCACUAGCGUAUGGUUUGGUGUCAGCAACUUUUGCUGCAAGUAUGGUAAUAAGUCCAGCUUUGGGAGCUUAUAUUAUGAAGACUUAUGGAGAAAAUCUUGCCGUAGCAUUAGCAACUGCUAUCGCAGUCUUGGAUGUGUUUUUCAUACUAGUGGCUGUACCUGAAAGUUUGCCUGAAAAAACACGUCCACCAGCACCUAUAUCAUGGGAGCAAGCUGAUCCAUUUGCUGCUCUUGGAAAGGUUGGAAAAGACCAUACUAUUUUAAUGCUGUGUGUUACUGUGUUCCUGAGUUACCUCCCUGAAGCAGGACAAUAUAGUUGUAUAUUCGUUUACUUAAAAUUGGCUAUGGGUUUUUCUAAUCUCAUGGUAGCAAUAUUUAUCGCCGUGGUAGGCAUCUUGAGUGUGGGAGCGCAGAUUGUAUUAGGACCCUUAAUGAGAACACUCGGCAGCAAACAUACUAUAAUGCUCGGUCUGUUAUUUGAAAUGUUACAGCUCAUGUGGUAUGGAUUCGGCUCACAAACAUGGAUGAUGUGGGCUGCUGGAGUACUUGCUUCUGUAUCAAGCAUUACGUAUCCCGCGAUUUCCGCAUUCGUAUCCAUGCAUUCUGAUGCUGAUAAACAAGGAUUAGUGCAAGGUAUGGUAACUGGGAUGCGUGGUCUCUGCAAUGGACUUGGACCUGCUAUGUUCGGUGUCAUAUUCUACCUUUUUCAUGUUGAUCUUAACGACGACACACCCAAUCUCCCUUUGAAACCGUCGUUUGUAGACGAAAACAACAGAACGGGAACUAGUACACAUCUUGACAUAAUGCCUCAGGUACAUACAUUAUAUCUGCAGCUUGUACCAGGGCCGCCGUUCGUAUUUGGUGCGUUACUUGUGAUCUGCGCGCUACUAGUAGCCGCAUUUAUUCCUGAAUCAAAUACAAUGUCAACAGGAUCGUUGCAUCACCCAUCCACUUCCCGGAGGCCCUCCGGUAAAUACGCAUAUCAGAAAUGUUUGUCCUUGGACGUUCAAUAUGAGGCAGACCGAGUAGGAAGUGGAAGAGGAAAGAUCGGUCCGCUAUCACCACUAGUCGACAAUUGUAACUCCGCCGCGCUAUAAUGUCUAUUGAAAAAUGUAAGACAAGCCAUAUAGUACACGACGAGAAUACUUUAGCCAAGCGGUAAAACUUCACCCUUAAUCAGAGGUGAAAAGGUCGUUACUGUGAAAUGCACCUGAUUCGAUCAGGCGACUGUAAUAGAGUUGUCUAUAUUGUAUUAUACUAUUUGUUUAAGACAGUAACUAAGCUUGAUUUUAGGACUUAUCGAUGGAACUUAAUGUUUAGGUUGUGACAAACAAUUUGCACAAGCAGUGCUUGUGCGAUAAUACCGUGGGUUGAUCUCAGAGUCGAGUAUAAUCGUACUACAAGCGUGUUGCGAAAAACGUAACAUUAAAUUAGAUCUUCCUUUUCAAGAUUCUUGCGCCGACUAUUCAAUCAGAUGUAACAAUUUUAUGCGAAGUAAAAUCAAUGACUCUUUACGCAGCUCGCCAACGGCACAAAACAUCAAUGAAAACUGAAAACCUGUAUUUUACUAGAGUUAUCUUAUGAAUAUUUGAUCCUUUACUUUGAUGUCGUAUCCUUUUCUUUUGUUACUAAUUUAUAUUAUCACAUUUUAUAUCAAGUGCUAAUGUAAAUUGUGCAACAUAUUUUUGCAUCUCCGUACAUUCGUAGCACUAGAAAUAGCUUUUACACAUUCCUUGUAAGCAUAAUUUUUGUAUACAAAAGCAGCAUUAAUUGACAAUUGAAAAGGAUGCAAAUUCUUUAAAUCGUAUUUUCCUUUUGUACAGGUAUGAUAUAGUAAUUAUUACUUAUCAUUCUUGUAUGUCAUAAUUUAUCUAAUAUUCAUAGAUCAUGCGACUUAUUUCUUUUUGCACAAACUAUUUAUUUUAAUUCAUAGAAACUAUAAAUAUAACGAGAAAGGCCUCAAUGCUAGGAACAAGUUAUACAAAGUGAUAGUUUGUCAUUUAAAGACAAUGGUAGACAUUAACACUAUGAGUAAAAUGAAAUAUUAAAUUAUUAAUUGAGAAUCAAUAGUUCUCUUAAAUUAUGUGUGUUAUAAUCGGAAUCACAUUGAUGUUAAAA